AUGGACAUGGGAGGAGGGCACCACCACAUGGGCGCCAUGGCCCCGGCGCCGUUCCCGCCGGGCGGGGCGCACGGCGGCGGCAUGGGGAUGCGGAGGAAGCGGUACAUCCACAUGACCUUCUACUGGGGCAAGAACUCGGAGAUCCUCUUCACGCUGUGGCCCGGCGCGGACGGCGGCAUGUACGCUCUGGCGCUCGUGGCCGUCUUCGCGCUCGCGGUCCUCCUCGAGUUCCUCGGCAGCCGCAGGCUGGACUCGCUCCUACCCACCGCCGCGGCAGGGGCGAACAAGCGCGUGGCGGCCGGGGCGGCGCGCGCGGCUGUGCACGCGCUGCGCAUGGGCGGGGCCUACCUGCUCAUGCUCGCGCUCAUGUCGUUCAACGGCGGCGUGCUCCUCGUGGCCGUGGCGGGCCACGCGGCGGGGUUCCUGGCGUUCAGGGCCGGCCUGUGCGGCCACGGGCGGGCGCAGGUGGAGGGCGGGUGCAACAAGGAAGAGCACGCGCCGGCGGCCUGCUGUUAGAUUUGCUGCGACGUCGGCGCCGAUAAUGAUCGAUGGGUCUGUUAGUUUGCUUCUCGUUUCGUGCCACGUGCGAUUGACUGAACCCUUGUUGCCGUUUGGGUGAACCGCGUGCCGGUGGUUGGGAGUUGUAGCACCUGA